AUGAGCUCAGGGAAACCAGCGACAGUGACUACCUGUUUCUCAUUAAGUUUCUCCUUGUACGUAUUGGAGCGUGUUCUUCUUGAGAAGAAUGGUACCGAGGUCGGCACUAGCUACAUGCAUUCUUUAGUUGACAUAAGGUCAAUUAAGAAGAAGAAUUGGGCGGCUAUGGGAUAUCGAUAUCUAAUGAGCUCUCUACACCGGUACAAGACGAAGAACACCAAAAAUGUCUCAGGUUGCACGAUAUUUUUACAGCUUGUAUAUUUGACGCACGUAGACUGGACUGCUACUCACGUGGACCGAACUGUGGCUCCAAUUGACUUUUGGACCACAAAACACUGCAAGUCAGUGUACAAGUGGAUUCGAGACCAGGGUGGUCACACAAGUGGAAAGGUACUCUCCACUUACCUUGGGAAGGGGACUAUGAAAGAAGUGUUGGAGAUACCUGAGACGAGCAAAGUUCAGCGCUCGCUUUCGUUCAACGGGGAGACCGAGAAGAAGGAUGACGUGGGUGUCGAGGAAAAGGAUGGUGAAGGGACGAAGGAUCAAUUGGAAGAGGAUGUUGAUGAUGUAGAGAGUGUCCCUUCACUUAAUCUAUCAGAAGAGAAGGUCGUUGUUCCAACUAAGGUGGUUGUUUCUGAUGAUUCGUUUGAGGUUAUGAACUUUUGGGGAGAAGAUCUCCCCGCUAUUGUAAAAGAGGAAGUUGAGCAGACAGUGAAGGAUGAUUUUGAUGAUGCUGCGUUCGAAAGAUUCAAAGAAUGCGGAGGGAAGGUGAUUGGUCCGUUCACUGUGAAGAAGGGUUACUCAAAUCAACAGUACGAGUUGUUCCGUUACAUUUUCUCUAGCGCCAAUGAUCCGAGUGAAGUGUUAGCCCAUUUUGGGAAGGUUGAGGUCGAGCGGAGGUAUUUCAAAUGCAUGAAACCGGAGACCGAUAUAUCAAACAGUGUCAUUGAUUGCUUUGCUCAAAUCAUGAAUUUUCGAGAGAAGAAGCGCAACGGCAUUGGAAGUAAGAGAACUUGGUUUAUGCCCACCAGAAUUUCGAGCAAGUUACUUGGAAGAACGAUGACUGUGGAGAGGAUGGCGAAGGAGCAAGAGUGGUCCACUCUUUAUUACGAUGCAGAUUUGAGUUUAUGUCACACUAUGGUGGUACCCCUACUGGAUACCGAUAGUGCUCCGCACUGGUUUGCGGCGAAUGUGAGCAUGGUUAAUACAACAGUGGAAAUUAGGGACUCGUUGUCUUCUGCAAUGCAUAAGAGGUCACGUCGGAGCACCUGCGUAGAGAUGCUCCAGACUUUGGACCAAUUGUUUGCCCCUGUCAAGCCAGGAGACCUGAAUUUCAGCGAGUUUGUAAUUAUUUCUUCAAGCAAGGACUACCCACAACAACAAAAUGGCCACGAUUGUGGAAUGUUUGUAAUGAAGUACAUGGAAUCACUGUUCGAGGAAAAUGAAAUAUUGGAAGAGUUUGAUCCUAUUGAAGCCAGACUGGAUUGUGUUGGGAAAAUUGUCACCCACGAGAGUAACAAGGCUAAACAUGCUGUAAUGGAGGGAGUUAAGAAGCAAUUUGGAUUGAGCAAAACCAAAGUUCUUCCAUCAACAUCUACAACUAUACCAUUACGUAGUCCAUCAAGGUCUCCUCGAGACCCCCGAUUCAGCACAGCGAAGGCCAGGUCCGAAAACAUGUGGACUGGCAAGAGCAAGUCCCCGAAAACACGUCAUUCUAAAAGAAAUUUGGCCAUAAGUAACAAGUAG